UAUCGAAGUAUGUUUGUUUUUCCGGACAUCUCCCCCUAGUGUCUAUGCAUCAACUUCUCGGCUGGAACAGUUUCCGCACCGGGAUCUCAGCGUGAGUCAUUAUUCAGCUCCAGCACGCAGCCAUACCGACUGUCGGGAUGUGACCCCGGAACAGGACACCUCCUGAGAAACAACACUCCAUUCAAAUAAAACGGGCGAAAAAACGGAUCGCGACCAGCAGAGGGACCCCGGAGCCGCGGGGAUGAACCGCGAGGAGACGCCCGGGAAGUCCCCCGAGGAGAUGUACAUCCAGCAGAAGGUGCGCGUGCUGCUCAUGCUCAAGAAGAUGGGCUCGAACCUGACGCAGAGCGAGGAGGCGUUUCUGCGGAACUACGCUGGUGUGGUGCACAGUCAGAUGAGCCAACUGCCGCAGCACCCCAUCGACCAGGGUGCUGAAGAUGUGGUGAUGGCUUUCUCCAGAUCAGAAACAGAGGACCGGAGGCAGUGACCGUGACCCCCACCCCCCACCCCCCAGGCCCCACCCAGCUUAGGGACUGGGAGAGGAGGCCGCCCAAGAUGGGGGAGGGAAAUGAGCGGACAAACCGUGGGCGUAACGGGCCCCCCACCCCUCACCACCCCCUCCCCCCCUCCUAACCCAUCUUCCUUGAACAAACUGCUGCCCCACUGGGCCCCAUUGGGCCCCAGGCUUCUGUGGAAAAAGAACAGGAGACAACAUGGGCCAGAGCUUCCGGUUUACUUUUUUAUUUUUUAGUCGCUCUCAUUCACUCUUACCCUGUCUCUCUGGUGCUCUCUCUCUCUCUCUCAUACACAGACUCUCUCUCUCUCUCUCUCUCUACA